CGAAUCAUUCACGGACCGCACAUCACCAGAUGACAACAACAAAACAAGCCUACUGAGAAAGGGUGUUAGCGUAGUUAGCUAAUUCAGAUAAACAGCGACCGGUGGAGUUUAAUCCAUUAGAAAGCUACAAGAAUAUGCGUAAUCUGUAUAGCUAACUAUGUUUGUCAGUCGGUGUCUUGGUUAGUCAAGCUGACAUUACCUAAGUGGCUCACCAAGCUACCACUAAGUAUGCUCAGUUUAUACGGGUUAGCCAGCUAGCUCUGGUGCUAGCUAUUUCGCUAGCCACCUCGCCUUGGCGAAGACCAACAGAGAGGAAGAGAUGCGAGCAAAGUGAAGGCGGUGGUGCAUGACUAAUGAACGAGAAAGGCGAGGUUGAAGAACCCUGGGAGAUUCACCAUGAAGCUGUAUGUGUUCCAGGUCAACAAUGGAAGCACAUUGACUUUUGACACUGACCUUGCUGUCCAAACUGUAUUAGAGCUUAAACAUGCCAUCCAAGCCAAAUACAAAAUCGCAGUCCAGCAUCAGGUCCUCGUUGUCAAUGGGGGGGAAUGUAUGGCUGCAGACAGACGGGUCUGCAGUUACAGUGCUGGCACUGAAACCAACCCCAUAUUUCUGUUCAACAAAGAGAUGAUCUUAUCCGACCGGGAUCCAACCAUCCCAAAAACCACCUUUUCCAUUGAGAGUGAGAUUCAGGUUAAGGUGGAAGAGUCGCUACUGAUGCCAGCUGUCUUUCACACCGUUGCCUCACGAACACAACUUGCUCUGGAAAUGUUCGAAGUUGCCAAAAAACUUUGCUCGUUCUGUGAACGUUUGGUUCACGAUGAGCAUCUCCAACAUCAAGGCUGGGCAGCUAUCAUGGCUAAUCUGGAGGACUGCACUUUGUCUUAUCAGAAGUUACUCAUGAAGUUCAACACCGCAUACACAAAUUAUCAACAGGACUUGGAAGAAAUUAAAAUCAAACUUUCAAAGUUAGGGACUUCAGUUUCUGUGAUGGCCAGAAUUCCUCUGCUCGAAUGUUUGACAAGACACAGUUACAGAGAGAGCAUCGAGAAGUCCAGUUCAACCCCGGAGAAGGAUUCAGAUGAGACAGAAGAAGAAAAAUCCACCGACUCUGUGCUCUGCGCUACUCAAACCCAGGUGGCCUCUAAAUCGUCAGCGUCCUUAUCUGCUUCAGGGACAGCCACAUGUGAGCCAGAGGGAGAUCAGGAGACAAGCGAAAUGACUGAGAGUGAUGGUUUGAGAGCUGCACUUUUAGAUGAUGACACUCCAGAACUCUCCUGCCAGUCUUCUUUUAAUGUAACACUAUUGGACUGGAUUAACGUGCAAGACAGGCCUAACGAUGUGGAAUCGGUUGUCAGGAAAUGCUUUGACUCCAUCAACAGGCUUGACCCUCGGAUCAUCCAGCCUUUCCUGGCAGAUUGUCGUGACACAAUUGCAAAGCUAGAUAAUCAGAACAUGAAAUCCAUCAAAGGGCUUGAAGACAGGCUGUACGCUCUAGACCAAAUGAUUGCAAGCUGUAAGAAGCUGGUGAAUGAGCAGAAAGAACUUGCUCAGGGGUUUUUGGCCAAUCAGAAACGAGCUGAAAACCUAAAGGAUACAUCCGUCUUGCCUGAUCUGUGUCUGAGUCACACCAACCAGCUGAUGAUCAUGCUGAACAACCACAGGAAGCUGCUAGACAUCAAAAAGAAGUGCACCACUGCCAAACAAGAGCUAGCAAACAACCUUCAAGUCAGACUCAAAUGGUGCUGCUACGUGAUGCUUCACGCAGAUCAGGAUGGGGAGAAGCUUCAGGCUCUUCUUCGGCUCCUGACAGAGCUAAUAGAGAGAGUGAGGGUGGUGGACGCCCUCAGUACGGUGCCCCAGAUGUACUGCUUGGCAGUGGUGGAAGUUGUGAGGAGAAAAAUGUUUAUGCGACACUACAGAGAGUGGGCCAAUGCUCUUGUUAAGGACGGGAAGCGACUGUAUGAGGCAGAAAAGUUCAAAAGGGAAUCCUUUGGAAAACUCUUCAGGAAGUCUUUUCUCCGAAAUCGAUUGUUUAGAGGACUUGAGUCUUGGCCUCCAACUUCAUUUUGUACGCGGAAACCCAGAAAGUUUGAUGAUGAACUUCCAGAUAUCUCACUUGAUGACCUGCAGUACUUGAAAUCGUGUUGUCCUGUUGAGGUGCAGCCUUUCCUAAUGAUUCCCGCCAUGUGUGACUUUGAGCCCCUAAAUCGCCAUGUAGAGACACUUCAUAAGCUGGUCCGAGCCGCACAGAGCGUGGACGAAAUGUCUCAAACUAUCACAGACCUGCUGAGUGAACAAAGAACAUCCUAUAGUCAGAGCGCCCAAAGAUCAACGGCACAAACUCCGCAGUCUGAGGGCAAGAAUGGGACCACCACGCCGGUGCUCUCCAAAAUGCCUCUCUGUCUUAGCCUUCAGGGAUCCAGCUGUCAGCCCCUGCUUGUACCCGUCCCAGCUCCUUUAGAGGAUCUGUCCCCAGACAGCAUCGAUGCACAAACAUUUGACUUCGAAACCAUCGGCCACCCGAACAUGGACCCUGUCCUGCAGCAGGGAUCCCUGGACUUGGAUUCUCUCGCCGAAAGCCCCGAAUCUGACUUCAUGUCUGCUGUCAACGAGUUUGUGAUCGAGGAGAACCUGACCUCCCCGAACCCCAUCAGUGACCCCACUAGCCCCGAAAUGAUGGUGGAGUCGCUCUACUCCUCAGUCAUUAACGCCAUCGACAACAAGCGGAUGCAGGACACCACAACGCUGGAGAAGGAAAACUCAAGGAUUGCCGACCUCAAGGAAGUUCUGGAGAAAUACAGAUGUGCUGCAGAAGAGUCCCACUCCAACCUAAGGAGAGUGAAGGCUGACCUCUAUUACUUAAGAGGUUUUGUCUUGAAGGAACAGCAGGACUUUGGGUUAGCUCUGCGCAGCAUAACCAUGGAAGUGCGCAGUACUGUGAACAAAAUCUACCAGUGUCACAAAAUGGAGUUGAACGAGCAGCAUGAAGGAGAGCUUCUCAGCGCUCGGCAGGAGCUGGAGAAGCAGGUUCAGGCGUUGACGGAAGAAAAUCAAGUAAACCAGAAUAUUGUCAGAGAUGUCCAACGAGCGAUGCUAGAGCUGGAGGGGCUCAUGGAGCGCAAAGAGAAAGAACUUACCCAGCUGGAGAAUGAGAAAGAGCGAUGGGUGGAAAAAGAGAGAAACUUUGCUGAAAAGAUAAAAAAUCUUGAGCAGAUCAACUGUGAUCAAACAGAAGAAAUCAAGGCGCUCCAAACUUCAAAAGACUCUUUGAGCAGUCAGCUUGAAAACCUACAUUUUGAGAUCGAACGCAGUCAGCAGAAGAUCCGACAGGAGCUCGAGGUGGUUUCUCAGUGCCAUUUAAAGGAGUUGGAGGAAAAACUGAAGCAGGAACACCAAAAGGAUCUGGAUAGUCUGAAUAAGAACAACAAGGAGGCUCUGGAACAUCUUGCUGUUGAAAAUAGUACAAAGCUAACCAAGGCAGCAGAUCACCACGAUACCGCUAUUAAAGAGAAGGAUGUUCACAUUAAAGAAAUGGAAGCUCGGCUUACGGAGCUCACAGAACUCCGCUGUAGACUAGAGGUAGACCUGGCCCUCAAAGAGUCCGAGAUGGAGGAGGUGAGAAUCUUAUUUGAAGAAGCUAAGAUGCAGCAGGCGGAAGCUGUAAAGACCCAAGUGGAGGCAGACACCAAAGUCCUUAAAGAUGAGCUGAUGGAUCUCAAGAGGCAGCUUCAAGCUAAGAACGAGGAGUAUGAAGUGGAUCUGGCAGAGCUGAGGACUCUCAUGAGGAUCGAAAAGGACCACUGCAUCUCGGAGCUGGUGGACCGGCAAGAGGAGCAGACGAUCCUGUUGCACGGCAAAAUCUCCGCCCUGCAGCAGCACUCCCAGGAUGUGGAGAGAAACCACGCGGAGCAGCAGCAGAGGCUUAGAGAAGAGUUGGAUCAGCAGCGGGCGGCUCUGGCUGAAGACGAAGAAAAGCAGUUUAGGAGUUUCCAGGAUCGGGAGCAGCAGUUGAGGACAGUUAUCAACAAUUUGCAGGCAGAACAUGAUCUGCUCUCUAAAAACCUAGAGCAGGAAAGACGUGCAGCUCAGGAGCAGGAAGCCUCGAACGUCGUAGCAGCAAAUGCUUUUAAGGAGUUAGAGCAGCAGAAGGAGGAGAUGGAGAGAAGACUUUUAGAAAAGAUUAGGCAACUUGAGAAUGAGCUUCAUGAGAAACAGUCAAGUAAAAGCGAUGAAGGCUUGUCGCUGCAUGCUGAGGGCCAUGCAGAUGCUGGAGCACCUCUGUCCCUAGACUCAGCCUUACAGGAGCGCCUGCAGCAGGAGAGGGCCUCUCUGCAGGCCCAGAUUGAGCUCUUGGAGAAGAAGAAGAAUGAAGAGAUACAGAACCUCAAAACAUCACUGAUUGCAGAGCAGCAGACGAACUUCAACACUGUUCUAACAAGAGAGAAGUUGAAGAAAGAGCAGAUUAUCAACGACCUUUCGGAGAAGUUACAAAAAGUUACCCAGCAGCAGGAAAAAGACAAAGGUCUGAUAGAAACGCUGUCUGAGGACCGAGCGAGUGUGAUGCAGGAGAAAAAGCAAUUGGAGGAAGAGCUGAACCGUCUGCGCAACUCUGCUCUGGUCUCCUCAGCCUUCUUCCCCUCGAACUCGGCUCAAGAUCUCUCAGAAGCUGGAGCAGCAGCGAGGGCUCUGCCUGUUACGGGGGCUUGCUCUCCUGAGACCUCGGCUGAAACGGACCGACUGGCCUCCGUAACGGCCUUCAGAGAUGACGAGCACGUCGAGUCAGCUGUGGAAGCCAGCAUGGUGGCUUCUGAUGACACCGUGAUGUCAGAAGAGAAACAGCGGAUAAUGUUACUUGAGAGGACUUUGCACAUGAAGGAAGAAGAAAACAAGCGCCUCAGCCAGCGACUGAUGUCUCAAAGCAUGUCCUCCGUGUCAUCACGGCAUUCAGACAAAAUUGCCAUCAGAGAUUUCCAGGUCGGCGAUUUGGUUCUAAUCAUCCUGGAUGAAAGGCAUGACAACUACGUGCUGUUCACAGUUGGUCCCACCCUCUACUUCCUGCACUCAGAGUCUCUCACUGCACUGGACCUUAAACCAGCAUCAGGGACCUCAAGACGGCCAUGGGUGCUUGGAAAAGUGAUGGAGAAGGAAUAUUGUCAGGCAAAGAAGGCCCAGAACAGAUUCAAAGUUCCUUUAGGAACCAAGUUCUACAGAGUGAAAGCUGUUCCAUGGAAUAGAAAAGUCUAAUAGCCAAGUAACGAGCUAAAAUGUAUAUUUAUUUUAAUUUUUGAACGAAAACAUCAUAAUUGAUAACAUUAACAGCAAAAGACAAAUUGAAGAUCGUCUUGCAACAUAAUUUUUUGUGUUUCAGUUUAAAUAUCUGAAACAUAUGCUAUCAUGUUUUUUUUUUUUUUUUUUUCUUAUUAUUAUUUUAAAUCCAGAUUUUAUUUUAUCGUGGACCAAAUGCUAUUAACCUAAUUAGGGCAUUGCCUUGUACACUGUGGCAUUAUGCCCUCUGACUUGUGUGUGAAAUUGAACAAAAUUUGGAUGUUAAAUAUUAGUUCUCAUUCUCUGCAUUUGUCCGCUUGUGGAAAAUACUGUCAUUAUCAACAUAAUUAAAUAAAAAAUAUACAUUUAUAAUUAAUGUUAAUGGAGGAAUGUUCAUAGCAUGCAUGUUGAAAUAUUUUCUUUGAUUUACCUAACAGAUAAAUGUCGUAGUUGGAAAUGUAGUUAAUGCUGUAUGUUACUCACAAUCAGUAUGGCGCUCUGUCAUUACUGACAUGUACAUUAUGACUGCGUGACUGACUGAAGGAAGCAGUCAUCUUUGCAAUCCUUGAAAUGCACUUUGAAAAACAAUGCUUUUGUUAAUUUGAAAAGGGAAGUUAAUUGAGCUGUCAGAACUAAGUAAAUAUAUCAGCACAAACUUCUCAUUAUCAUAGAAUAUGGAUAUGUAGAGAGGAAAACAUUGUGACUGUGUUUCAUUAUCGGGAGACAUUGUAUAUUACCCAUAAAAUCACAUGUAACAAUAACUGACUGUAUUGUAAAGGAUAGAGUUUUGAAACAAUAAAGGAUUGAUCCCUAAAAUA